AUGGCUGAAUAUUUCAGCACCGCGAGACAGAUCAUCUCUCAGCAGACCACAAAAUUCUCGGACUUGGGAGCCAGCCUCGCACAAUGGUACAGAGAUCAACCAUUAUGGAAAAGAGUAGCUUUGGCGGCAUUGAUGGCGGUGGCUGCGCUUGUGGGAUUGAUCGUGCUCAUAUUUCACAAGGACAUCAUCAAGAUUCUCAUCUAUGUUUCCGACAAGCUUGAACACUCGGUGGUGGGCGGCAUUGUCUUGUUCACGCUUAUCUUCUUCGUGGGCUUCCCUCCCCUUCUAGGGUUCUCGGCAUUGCUGAUGUUGUGUGGCAUGGUCUACGGUUUUCCGAAAGGGUGGCCGUUGUUGGCCACGGCCUCUGUGACGGGCUCUUUUGCGUCGUUCUUGGUGUUUCGCCACCUUUUGAAGGAACAAGCCACCAGUUUGGUGCACAAGAACGAACAGUUCAGAGCCUUCUCGGAGAUUCUCCAGGAGGACGCCUCCUUGUUUUUGCUUAUUCUUAUUCGUUUGUGUCCGUUGCCCUAUUCCCUCCUGAACGGAGCUCUCGCAUCUAUUCCAAACCUCUCUGCAUCAACUUACCUCUUGGCUUCCGUAAUCACAUCUCCCAAGAUGCUUGUGCAUAUCUUUGUGGGGCACGCGAUCAAAAACCUAGGCGACGAGGGUCGUCCCGCUUCUGCCAAGUGGUUGGAUGUCAUAAGUAUAUUGACGGCAGGUGUAGCUUUGUUUUUUGCAUCGUACAUCAUCUACAACAAAAUGCAAGAAAAACUCCAAUCUUUCCAUAACGGUCAAGGCUCCUAUGAGGAUAUGUCUUUCGACAUUGAGCUGGGAACGGGUGGGAACUUGGAAUUCAAUCCAGCAGAUUAUGACGACGACAACUUUAUCAUUGGUAUCGACGACGAAGACAUUACUGCUCCUGCUGAAACCUACCAACAAAAGCAGUCUACAAAACCUGCUAAUCUGGACAACUUAAGCUUACUUUAG